AUGGGCUUCUUCGACAAGCUUCAAGCCAAACUUGAGUACUACCGUCUCGAGCAGCGUUACACCAGGCGAUCGAAGCGGACAACGUUCAUCAGCGAAGCUCACUACAUUGAUGGCGAGUAUGUGUACGGACCAACGUCACCUACAUCUUACAGAUCGAGCUUCUCGUCACGGAAUGGUCCUUCUACGAAAGUAAAAGAGAUCUCUCGCUCGUGA